AUGCGCUCCUCACCGCAAGUUUCUCCCCUCUUCCCACGGUGUUCCACGCCAGGUCCUGCCAUGGAGCUGCGCUCCGAGUUGCCCAGCGUACCCGGCGCGGCGACGGCGGCUGCGACAGCGACGGGGCCGCCCGUGGCUUCGGUGGCGUCGGUGGCAGCGGCGGCGGCGGCGGCCGCUUCGCUACCUGUGAGCGUGGCGGGCGGCUUGCUACGAGCGCCGCCGCUGUUGUUGCGGGCUGCGGAGAAGUACCCGCGGACCCCCAAGUGCGCGCGCUGCCGCAACCACGGCGUGGUGUCUGCGCUCAAGGGCCACAAGCGCUACUGCCGCUGGAAGGACUGCCUGUGCGCCAAGUGCACGCUCAUCGCCGAGCGCCAGCGCGUCAUGGCGGCGCAGGUGGCGCUGCGCAGGCAACAGGCGCAGGAAGAGAACGAGGCGCGCGAGUUACAGCUCCUCUACGGCACUGCCGAGGGCCUGGCGCUGGCCGCCGCCAACGGCAUUAUCCCGCCGCGACCCGCCUACGAGGUCUUCGGCUCUGUGUGCGCCGCCGACGGCGGGGGGCCGGGAGCGGGAGCGCCCGCGGGGACCGGAGGCGGCGCCGCGGGCGCGGGGAGCUCAGAGGCCAAGUUACAGAAGUUUGACGUAUUCCCCAAGACGCUGCUUCAGGCAGGCCGCGCAGGCAGCCCGCAGCCGCCGCCGGGAAAGCCCUUAUCACCCGACGGCGCGGACUCUGGUCCCGGGACAUCGUCCCCAGAGGUGCGAGCGGGCUCGGGCUCGGAGAACGGCGACGGCGAGUCCUUUUCUGGGUCGCCCCUGGCCCGGGCCUCCAAGGAGGCAGGUGGCAGCUGCCCAGGCAGCGCUGGCCCCGGAGGCGGCGGCGAGGAGGACAGCCCGGGAUCCGCCAGCCCUCUGGGUUCAGAAUCCGGUUCCGAGGCCGACAAAGAAGAGGCAGAGGCCGCGCCCGCGCCCGGGCUGGGCGGGGGCCCGGGUCCACGGCAGCGGACGCCGCUAGACAUCUUGACGCGCGUCUUCCCGGGCCACCGGCGGGGUGUCCUGGAGCUAGUGUUGCAGGGCUGCGGCGGCGACGUGGUGCAGGCUAUCGAGCAGGUGCUGAACCACCACCGCGGGGGCCUGGCGGCCGGCCUCGGCCCCGCCGUGCCGCCCGAUAAGGCCGCGGUGGGGGCAGUAGCAGCAGCGGACGACGCGUGGCCUGGCCGCGUCGACGCCGCGGCCGCCGGGGGGCCGGGGCUGCCCGCGCCGCUGCAGGCGGGCCCAGCCGCACCUCCGCACCACAGACCUUUGCUGGCCGGCGCCAUGGCGCCCGGGGCGCUGGGCUCGCUGAGCAGCCGCUCGGCCUUCUCGCCUCUGCAGCCCAACGCCAGUCACUUCGGCGCGGACGCGGGCGCCUACCCGCUGGGCGCGCCGCUCGGCCUCAGCCCCCUGCGCCUGGCCUACUCGGCGGCGGCGGCGCACAGUCGCGGCCUGGCCUUCAUGGCUCCCUACUCCACCGCCGGCCUGGUGCCCACACUCGGCUUCCGCCCGCCCAUGGACUACGCCUUCAGCGAUCUCAUGCGCGACCGCUCGGCCGCCGCCGCUGCCGUGCACAAGGAGCCGACCUACGGCGGCGGCCUGUACGGGCCCAUGGUCAAUGGCGCCCCUGAGAAGCAGUAG